AUGCAUCCAUCGGAGAAUGCAGGAACUACUUUAGUGCCGGUCCCUUUUGAUGGAUCUGGGUACAAAUUAUGGAUAAGAGGUGUACUAAGAGCUUUGUCUGUGAAGAAUAAGGUAGGAUUCAUUAAUGGAAAAUGUAAGAGGCCAGAUGCAAACGAUGCUCUCUUCAGUCAGUGGGAACGAUGUAAUGACAUGGUGACCUCGUGGAUACUGAAUUCACUUUCUAAGGAUCUAACAGAUAGCCUACAAUAUGUCAACAAUGCGAAAGAGCUCUGGCAAGAGCUAGAAGAUAGGCACGAUCAGACGAAUGGAGCAAGUUAUGAAAUGAAAAGGUUAUGGGAAGAGCUAAACACCUUGAGCAUACAUGCUCAGUGCAGCUGCCAGUGUAUCUGUGGAUUCAAAGCUAAUAUGCAAAAUGUUGAACAAGAUAGGAGGCUAAUUCAGUUUCUCAUGGGACUAAAAGAAGUAUAUACAAUAGUGAGGGGAAGUGUUUUGAUGAUGAACCCCUUACCUAGCAUAGCGCAAGCUUUCUCCAUUCUUAUUCAGGAGGAGAAGUAG